AUGGUGGAAACCAGGGCAGAAGGCCUGCGGCAGCCUCAGUCGCCUCAUUUUCCCAGGGUCUCCCGUGCCUGCCAACGGUGCCGGCGGCAAAAACUAAAGUGUGAUGAGGCCCGUCCAUGCACGAUGUGCGUUCGGGCAGGUGUAUCUUGUCAAUCAAGGGAUAUUAUGAAUACUCCUAUCCGCCGGAAGAAGCGAGCUGUGCGGCCUCCGGCAGCUGCAACAUCGUCAAACCAGCACGUCGAGGCAGCGGUGGAUCGUCCCUAUGAAGGCCAGAAUUAUGGCGCCAGCAGUUCUGCGGUUGGCUUCGCGGUAAAUAUCUUUGGACAGCGCGCUACCCUCUACUCUAGUGACAUCUCGGGCAUUCCUGGCCGUGCCAGUCCCCAGCCCAACCCUCGACCUGAGUGGACGCUGGAGAAGAUGUCAAUGCCCCCGCCUGCGGUUAUGGAUGCUGCUUUACAGGCGUAUUUUGACCAUAUGCACUGGUUCAUCUUUAUCUUCCAUGAAAUCGAGUUUAUGCAAUCAGUGACUCCUCUGCUCCGUCAGUCCUCGUGGAGUGAAUCAUCUCGCGGUCGAGUGAUAGCGGCCUUAACUGCCGCAGCAGUGGGACUCCAAUGUGUGGCACACGAUUCCAGAUGGCCAGGGCAUUCUUUACUGGCUUCCUUCUCUUUACAAGCCACGAGUCUGCGAGAUAGCCUGAUUGCUGAGGUCCGGUUACACGUGCUGAAACUAUUAGAUGAGUGUAGUCUGGAAUCUGUCCAAGUGUCUCUUCUCCUGGGGACUUACUAUGUUUUUCACGGCUCUCCAGGACUCGCGUGGAACAUGCUUGGCCUUUCGGUCCGCACUGCAUAUGCCCUCUCAAUGCACUGUCCUGGCGGCAUUACCCAUCCUGACCCGGUCCUAUCUCAAGUCUAUCGUCGGACCUGGAAUUUUAUUAUCGUAGCGGAUACUUAUAGUGCUAUGAUAUACGGCCGACCGGCUUCACUCGAUGCUGCGUUCUGCCACUUGCACGAGAUGACUGAGUUGGAAGAUACCCGCCUACCACCAACCGUGUCGUAUCUGCUUCAAGAUCCAAACGCGAAUGGCCUGAUGUUUCAUAACCAAAAGUAUCGGCUCUACGAGAUAAUGCGGACGACCCUCAAUAAGGUUCGACUUAUCAAUCUACAGACGCCGGUGUCACUAGAAUCGUUUGCCUCUCUCGUGGCGGCUAUAGGCAAUGCCCAGGCAUCUCUAGAUACCUGGAAAUCCGGAGUAUCCCCUGUAUUCAAACAACAAUACUGGGAAGAACAUCCUGCUCUUGCAUCGACAGCCAUUGAAAAGAAUCCACCAUCAUCAGAGAACCGUACUAUCAGGCACUUGUUUCUUCAGUCUCAGAUGUUGCAAUUGACAUACGAUAGUGCCGUACUCUUCAUUAACCGGCCUCUUCUAGAACAUCAAGCCAAGCCAGAGUUUCGAACUGCUGUCGCUGAGCAUUUAUCAGCCGUUCGCUUGUCAAUGGAUCUCUCUCUAAAAGCUGCGCUCCGUGUCUCGCGUGUGUCGCCGGUUCAUCAUGAGAGCGAGUUCAGCCUAUCCUUUGUUCUGAUGAAUUUUUUUAUCGCUGGCGUAAUACUGUGCCUUGCUCCUACCUUAUGGCCCUUCAGCACAGCAUCGAACGAUGCCAAAGCCGGAGUAUUACGCAUCAUCCACGCGAGUCGGAACCUUCAAACCAAGAGUAAAAUUGCAAAGCAUACAGUGCAGUUAUUGACGCGACUUGUGAAGUUGAGCCUGCAUCAGGAGUUGGAAAAUGCUCUAAAUAGUAAUGAAUCUGGUAGCGACACAAACCCCAGAGAGCAGGAACAGGGACCGUCGCAACACGCCUCGCCUUCUCAUUCACCGCGGCUGCCGCCGACAGAGCCAUGCAGUUCUUCAACAUUCAAGGGUCACUUCAAUCCGCCACCAGCCAACCCAACUCAGAGCCAACCGGCAGUUGACGUUUCAUUUCCGAUGGCGGGCGUGCCCGCGGGUGACCUCUAUAUCGAGCCCAUGCAUGAAGGAGGCAACCUCAACCCAGGGCUUGGUAUACCCGACAAUAGCUGCUAUCAUCAGAUCGACUCCUAUAUGGAUGAAACACUAGGUGCUUUUGGAGAAAUGCUUUUCAAUCUCGUACCAAAUGAUCCCUACAGCGCAUGGAACUGGGGUAACAACUUUCGGUAG